AUGCCUGGCGAUGCGGAACUAUACCAUAGUCGCGGGGAACCUUCCCCGCACAAGCGGAAGCGGGGAGCCGCGGAGGAGGAGGAUGUUGACUGCAGCGGACUGGCGAGUGUAGACUCAGGGAUUGCCGAGGACGAGAGCGCCGCGGGCUUUUUGGUGGGUAGCUCCAGGCAGAUAUGGUAUCCGACGCAGUGCGCGACGAAACGGAUGCGAGGCGCAGCGGAAUCAAGCACGAUUAUGGAGGAGGGCGGGGGAGAGGGAGGGGCGCAGAGGGAGCAAGGAAACGCGGGGAAAGAAGGACAUGGAUGCGAGGCGCGGGGAAGGGAGGCAGAGGCAGCGGCGGAAAGGCAGGGCAGGGGGGGAUUGGCGGAGAGCGAGGAAGGUGCGCGAGGGGGUGGUGGCGCGCGGGAUGGCUGUGGCGCGCGCGAGACACUCGGGGGAGGCGGAGAAAUCGAGAGGGCGAGGGAGGAGGUGAAGCGAGAGAUGGUGGAGGAGGUGCUGCAACGCGACGGGCCCCCCCGCACCUCCGUGACUCCCCGCACCUCCGUGUCCCUCCGCCCAUCCAUGCCUCUCCGUUCGUCCAUGCCUCUCCGCAUGUCCAUGCCUCUCCGCAUGUCCAUGCCUCUCCGCAUGUCCAUGCCUCUCCGCCCGUCCGUGCUUCUCCGCACGUCCGUGCCUCUCCGCACGUCCAUGCCUCUCCGCACGUCCAUGCCUCUCCGCCCGUCCAUGCCUCUCCGCACGUCCACACCUCCCCGCACGUCCAUGCCUCUCCGCACGUCCAUGCCUCCCCGCACGUCGGUGGCAGCGCGCGCAGAUGACAAGGCAAGCAGUGGUGAGAGGCGUGAGGAGGCGAGGUGCAGAGGAGCAGAGGUGGCAGGGGCGGGGAGCGAGCAGGGCGCUGACAUGGGGCGAGAGGAUGUGGGGCUGGCAGGGGUGCAACCAGGGCCGCCUGGGGAUGGCAGCCAUGGCAUGGCACAUGGGCAGAGGCGAGUAGGGAGGCAGGCAGGGGACAAUGGCGAGUGCGAGGGGGGGAAUGCUCGAGGGUGCGUAGUACAGGGGCAGCAUGGAGGGGAGAAUGAGGGGGGCCAUGAGGGGGAGAAGGUGAGAUGGGGGGAGCAAACGUUGGGAGAGCAGGUAUCAGGUGCGAAGGCAUGUGAGGAAAUGUUGCAGCGAGGCAGUGAGAGAGGGAACGAGGGGGGGAGGCAGGAGGUGAGGCAGGGGAGCAGCGCAAGUGGUGGUGGUGGUGGGGCAAGGGGAGCAGAAGGGGUAAUGAGCACUCCACCUCGUCACAACCACAUGCCGUGCUCACCUGACGGCCCUGUGCCGUGCCCACCUGGCAAACCCAUGCCAUGCCAGCCUCAUGACCCGGUUGUGCCGUGCGCCGAAACGCCGGUGGUGCAGUGCAGUGACAAGGCCACAACAGUGCCCCUGGCACCUGAGAGCCGCCCUGGGAGCCGCCCUGAGAGCCACCCAGAUAGCCGCCCUGCUGAUCCCUGUGCUGAACCUCAGAGCCAACAGCCUAUACGCGGCAGCGAUACCCCUGGCUGCCUCUCACAGGGAGUGGUUGCAGAGGCAGGUAGAACAGGUGGUGACCCGUCUCCCUCUCAUGCUGUGACUGCAGAUGCUGGUGCUGAUGUGGACCCGCCCGCUCCGCCACCCAAGAGCACUCCACUGCCACGUCAGCAGGAGUGUCCACGUCAGCAACAGCCUAGUUGCGACAAGUCAGCACAAGCAGAGCCACGCAAUGUCAUGGGCACGAGCGAGAAAGCAAGGGAUGAAGAGGCUACUGCUGUUCCAUACCAUGUGCUUGCCGCUCGUGUGUUUGCGGAAUUGCGGGACUUGAUGUUUGAUACCCACGUGGCUCAUGAGGACCUGGAAGCAGUUGUGAAUGAGGCGGUGAUGACGUGGCAUCCAGACGUGCGGGCCAUGGCUCGAGAGAGUGUGUGGGAUGUGGGGAAGGAGACGGUUGCGAGGGUGGAAGGGAAGACUAUCAAGGCUCUUAUAGCCGUGCCCGUUGCGAUGGAGGAGGAGGCGAUAGAGCGAGCGGUGCUGGCGUACCUGCGUCGCAAGGGCUACAAGAAUGCUGAGCUGGCGUUUAAAGACGACUCUAAGACGCAGUCGCUCGAUGCGCUCGUUACGGUUGGCGGGAAGGCAGCAGCUGCUGAGCUGGACAAGAAUCUAGCCAAUCAGAUUAUGCUUUACAGCAGGUCGGAGAAGGCGCCAGCGUGCUAUGUGGAAGGUUACAGGAAGCUUCGCGCGUGGGUGCAUUCCUCCUUGGACCUCUACAAGAACGAGCUGCUGCGCGUGCUGUAUCCGGUGUUCGUGCACGCCUUCCUCGAGCUCGUCGCGCAGGACCACCCCGACGCGGCGCGCGCGCUCAUGGAGGCGCACGGCGCGGACCACGCGCGGCUGCACGCCAGCGACCUCGCGCAGCUCGCGGGCAUCAGCUCCGCGCAGCACGCGCUCGAGAGCCCCCUCGCGCGCGCCUUCCGCGAGAACAAGGCCGUCAUCCGCAUGUGCCAGUACUCGUUUGACCUGCUGCUGCAGUUCCUGCACGCCGCGGACCUCAUGGCCAUCCUGGCGCUCGUCAACCGCCACAUCCACAUCAUCGUGCACGCGGGGCGGCCAGCGGCGCAGGAGGAGGAGGAGGACGAGGCAACGGGCAUGGUGUCCAGCGCGGGGGCGGACGGGGGGGGCAUGGGGGGGGGCAUGCUGGCGGGGGUGGUCACGGGGGCGACGCACGAGGCGGUGAGGCGCAUGGGGCAGCGCGAGGUGCUGUGGGGUGCGCUGGAGGACGGUGUGGAGCAUCGGCGUGGUGCGGGCACGGGAUGCAUGGGGCAGCGCGAGGUGUUGUGGGGCGCGCUGGAGGACGGCGUGGAGCACCGGCUGGAGCAGGAGAGGGAGCGGAAGGGCGAACGGGAGGAGGGCGACGAGGGCGGAAGGGAGGGCGAGGGGGACGAUGGCAAGAUGGCCUCAUGCCGCCCGACCUCUCAUCUUCUGCCCCCCUGCACGCGACCUCCCUGCGUGCUGCCUCACUCCCCUCAGAAGCGGGCAGCGGACGGCAAGGCAGGGGCGCCGGGCGGCAAGAAGGGGAAGAAGGACAAGGCGGGGGAGAAGGACGCGCUCAAGGGGGGCGCGGGGGGGGGAGCAGGGGGGGCAGCGGGGGCAGGGGGGGGCGCUGGAGGAAAGGGAGGGAAGGUGGGGGAGGGCAAGGGGGCGGGCGGGGCUGCUGCAUUGACUGGCACACGCGUGGCUGCGCACCUGCCUCUCCCUAAGAUGCGGGAGGAGGCGGAGAAGCAGGUGUUUGACGACUUGAGGCGGCGAGUGGCACUGGGAGCGCAGGCGCUGCCAUCUGUGUGCUGCUACACGCUGCUGCACGCGCACUCCAGCAUGACGUCAGUGUCCGUUGCUCCCGAUGGUGCCCUGCUGGCUGCAGGCUUCAAUGACUCGUCCGUCAAGGUGUGGGACAUGCGAUCCAUUGGUUCCUCCCCCUUGCCGCAAACCGCCCUAUCUCUCGACACCUCAGCAGCAGCCGAAGCCCCAGCCAUGCAGCACACACCACGUGGACACUCCACAGCCACCACCACCACCCCCACCACCAGCACCACCAGCAAGCGCUACAUGGCACUGAGGGGCCACAGUGGCGCGGUGCACGCAACCUCCUUCAGCCCUUCAGACGACCGUUUCCUCCUCUCCGCCUCCUCCGAUGCCUCGGUGCGCCUGUGGCACCUGGGGCUGGGGGCGUGCCUGGUGGCGUACCGAGCGCACUGCUACCCUGUGUGGGACGUGCAGCACUCGCCCGUGGGGCACUACUUCGCCACGGCGUCGUAUGACCGCACGGCACGCGUGUGGAGCAUGGAGCGCUCGUACCCUCUCCGCAUCAUGGCGGGUCACCUCUCCGACGUGCAUGCGGUGCGGUGGCACGCCAACUGCAACUACAUUGCCACCUGCUCCAGCGACAAGACGCUGCGCCUGUGGGACGUGCAGACCGGCGAGUGCUGCCGAGUCUUUGCCGCCCACCGCUCGCCCGUGUACGCACUCGCCACGUCACCAGACGGCCGCUUCCUGGCGUCAGGGGAUGAGGGAGGCGCCGUGCUGCUGUGGGACCUGGGCACGGGCCGCUGCAUUGCGCCCCUGCUGGGGCACACUGGCUGUGUCUGGUCGCUUGCCUUCAGCAACAUCUUCCUGGCGUCGGGGGAUGAUGAGGGAGGCGCCGUGCUGCUGUGGGACCUGGGCACGGGACGAUGCAUUGCACCCCUGCUGGGCCACACUGGUUGUCUGUGGUCGCUCGCCUUCAGGCCGCUGCAUCGCCCCGCUGCUGGGGCACACCAGUUGUGUGUGGACGCUCGCCUUCAGAUUCUGCCUGGACUGGCCCUCAUAGCCAGCCUGCCCCAACCAGCACAACCUGCUAUAUCUUUGCAUCACAACUUCAAUCUCCACCCUGUCUGCCUCCCAUGCAUCCCCUCCCCCCGUCCACCUGCGUGCAUGCGGGCGAGCAGUGGCGAGUCGGCAGUGCUGGCAUCGGGGGCAGCGGACGACACGGUGAGGCUGUGGGACGUGGCUGCUGCCAGCAAGCUCGCUCCCAACGAGGCCAAGACAUCGGUGGGGCGGCGGUUGCGCCUUCUCAAGACCUUCCCCACCAAGUCAACACCCAUUUCCGCCCUGCAGUUCACGCGGCGUAACCUGCUCGUGGCAGCUGGGGCCUUCAAACACUCCGACCCCACAUCUUGA